UGUGACUAUUUUUUAUGCUGUCGAACUGCGAUCAUCAAGAUGUCGAACUGCGCUGCUGUCGUUGUUGUGGCUCUGCUCGCUCUGGCGAGCGUCUCCGUGCAGGCCAACGACCUCGCAAAGGGAUGGGGCGAUUCCAUUGCCUGGCGUACGCUUGAUGCCGGCACCGUUGAGGCUGCCGAGACGGGCAAGCCAAUGAUGAUCAUCAUCCACAAGUCCUGGUGCGGCGCCUGCAAAGCUCUGAAGCCCAAGCUUGCCUCCUACGACGAGUACCUUCAGCUCAGCAAGCACUUUGUCAUGAUCAACCUUGGAGAUGACGAGGAGCCUGCUGAUCCCAUGUAUGCACCCGAUGGCAGCUACAUUCCACGCAUCCUCUUCGCCGACUCCACCGGCGCUGUCGUUGACGACCUGUACAACAAGUUUGGCAGCAGCAAGUACAAGUACUACUACUCGGACGCGCCAUAUGUGGUCACAUCCAUGCGCGCAGCCAUGAAGCACUUUGGCAUCGAGUGAGCUGCUCUUGUGCUCAACCCCAAAGCGGAAUGUAGGGGCUGGUGGUCCACGCUUCCUGUUGUCCCGUCCUGCUUUGCGUGGCAUGUACUGAGCUGUGCUGUGUUGGCUCCCUGGUUGCUUCUUGUGCGCGUUUGUACUCGUGUGUGUGCUUGUGUUUGUGUGGGCCCAGUCGCUUUGUGUUACAACAACUUCGCGGUGCCGUGACCCUCAGGCCAACUGUGAGCAGCAACCAAUACACCGACCCCUGCAGCAACA